AUGGCGGAAAGGCGAGCAGCAAAAUCCUUGGUUCUGCCGGCCGUAGAGGAGGAUGCGGUGGAGCGGAAGCGUGUCCUUAAUGUUCUGGCACAAAGAAGAUACCGAAGAAGAAAGAGGGAACGUCUCCAAGCUCUUGAGUCUAAAAAUAAAAGAAACGAGGUACCAAGAAGCGAAGGGAAUGAAGUGCAAACCACAUCAGAGUCUAUCAGUGAUCCUCCCGCUGCCAUGGAUCAUCCACUACCGUAUCUUGACACAGACAUCAUUCUACCACCCCAAGAAGAGAACUCCACCGAUCCCUUCUUGCCAUUCUCUGCUUCUUCUAUGGCGGUCUUGGCACCAAUUCCAGAUCUGGCAAAGUUUAAUUCCCAGCAGUCGGUCAGCCUUUCUCCCACAAUCGCAUGGGAUCCCUUCUUGGCAACAACAUGGCCCGAAUGGAUGUCACAGUCUCCCACGUCAGAUGAAUUUGGUGACAAGCUUCCAUCUGUUGAAUUAAGCGACCUACAUAAUGACUGGGGACUCUCUGCGGCGCUCCAAACCGACGAGACGUCUUUUUUCACCUUCCCAGAUGAUGAGCUGCUCGAGGUUCCCUCCCUCGUCCUGCUGAACGCAGCAAUGAAAGUUGCACAAAGGCUAAAUAUUACGGACCUCCUCUGGGAAUUUACAGCAGUCAGUCCCGACCCGGACCCAACGCCUGAUCCCCCACCACCCAAUACUGGAUCUUCUUCCUUGGCCAAGUACACGGGACAAGCUGAUCCACGUCUUUCAUCUUCCUCCUAA